UCACGUCUCCAUGGAGACAAGAUUACGCCGGACAGAUGAUGAGGUAGAUGAGGUGGAGGCUCCGCUAUGCCAGCGUCUCCGCUACAGGACACACAGCUCCGGACCCUCUGCUGCCCGACAACAAGGACACACAGCUCCGGACCCUCUGCUGCCCGACAACAAGGACACACAGCUCCGGACCCUCUGCUGCCCGACAACAAGGACACACAGCUCCGGACCCUCUGCUGCCCGACAACAAGGACACACAGCUCCGGACCCUCUGCUGCCCGACAACAAGGACACACAGCUCCGGACCCUCUGCUGCCCGACAACAAGCACUUCUGUCCCGACAGGCGGAGGAGCUGCUGCGGGGAGCGACAACAGGUGUCUCUCCUCUUUGUAUGUGACAUGACGAGAAUCUCUCUGAGCAUCACAUGAGUCAUCGGACUAAUCUCCAAACUGAGCAGCAGAGACGUCUCUGUUAAAACACUGACUGUCCGCCAUGACCGAAAAGUCGGACUGCAGAUUCAACAAUCUGAGCCAGGAUCAAAUCGCCAUCCUCAAUCAGGUUCUGACAGAGAUCAUCCCCAUCCAUGGCAGAGGGAACUUCCCGACCAUGGAGGUGAAACCCAAAGACAUCAUCCACGUGGUGAAGGAGCAGCUCCUAAACAAGAACAUCGCUAUACGAGACAUUCGCCUCAAUGGCUCCACCGCCAGUCACAUCCUCAUGCAGCAGAAUGGGACCAGCUGUAAAGACUUGGACAUCAUUUUCGGUGUGGAGCUUCCAGAUGAGCAGGCCUUCCAGACGGUCAAGGAGAUUGUCCUGGAUUCUCUCUUAGACUUUCUUCCUAAAUGUGUCAACAAGGAGAAGAUUACUGCUCUCACCAUGAACGAGGCGUAUGUUCAGAAGAUGGUAAAGGUGUCCACAGACCAGGACCGCUGGAGCUUAAUUUCAUUAUCUAACAACAGUGGAAAGAAUGUGGAGCUCAAGUUUGUCAAUUCUCUCCGACGACAGUUCGAGUUCAGCGUAGAUUCUUUCCAAAUCGUCCUGGACUCCAUCCUCAGUGUCUACAUGGAUGAGGACAAUGAUCUCGCCCCGGACAGCUACCCCACUGUGGUGGCUGAAAGCAUGUAUGGAGAUUUCCAGGAUUCAAUGGAACAUCUUAGGAGCAAACUUAUUGCUACAAGGAACCCUGAAGAGAUCCGAGGGGGUGGACUUUUAAAAUACAGUAAUCUCUUGGUUCGUGAUUACAAGCCGGCCUGCGAAGCAGAGAUCAAGUCCCUCGAGCGCUAUAUGUGUUCCAGGUUCUUUAUUGACUUUCCUGAUGUGACCGAGCAGCAGAGGAAAAUCGAGUCUUACCUCCGCAAUCAUUUCAUUGGAGAAGAGAAGAGCAAGUACGACUACCUGAUGACCCUCCGCUCUGUGGUCAAUGAGAGCACAGUGUGUCUGAUGGGUCAUGAGCGCAGGCAGACUCUUAAUAUGAUCACCAUCUUAGCAUUGAAAGUGCUUGGUGAACAGAACAUCAUCCCAAAUACAGCCAAUGUGACGUGUUAUUACCAGCCGGCUCCAUACAUGAGUGACAGAAACUUCAACAACUAUUACAUCCCUCAAGGACAGUCGGCCAUCUUCUACCAGCCCUAUCAGUUUCACAUUCACCUCCAGAGUGGCCUGGUGUAGGGAGCAAUGAUUAUUACUGUGAAAUAAAGGUUUCCCUGAGCGCA